AUGUCUUCCAAGAAGCCAGCCUCUAAAACACCAACAGAAAAGAAGCCAGCCGUCGAGGGUGUUGAUGCCGCCAACGCUGCUAAGCAAGAUAAGAAACUCCGCCACAAGAAGCGUGCCGAAACAUUCUCCUCCUACAUUUUCAAGGUUCUUAAGCAGGUCCACCCAGAUAUUGGUAUCUCCAACAAGGCUAUGAUGGUCAUGAACUCCUUCGUUACAGAUAUUUUCGAGCGUAUUGCUCAGGAAGGCGCUCGCCUUGUCGACAUGAACGAACGUAACACACUUGGUUCCCGCGAAGUUCAAACAGCUGUUCGUCUUGUCCUUCCAGGCGAUCUUGCUAAGCAUGCUGUUUCUGAAGGUGGCAAGGCUGUCGCCAAGUUCAACGCCGAAUAA